AUGAAUUCAACAAAUCAGCAACAAUCGACAGGAACCAAGCGAUCCCUAGGGACUGCCAUGGAGUCUCGGCCUCGCAAGCGGGAGAAAUAUACCCGGAUGGCCUGUACCUCCUGCAAGACACGCAAGGUGAGAUGCAGCGGCAAUCAACCCUGUAAUCGGUGUGAGGAACUUCAGGGCGAGUGUGUCUACAAUGACCUUCCCCACCCCGACACACAAAACAACCUUCCGCACUCGACCCGCCUUGAUCUAGACCUGUCGAUUUUGCGAGUAAAUAAAAUCUGCGAACAGAUGCAACAGAAAUUGGCUCGCUUCGCUGACUCGCAGCCGGGUCGACCAUGUCUCCAACGCCAGCUGCCGAUUGAUAACGGAAUUCUUCGCCCUAAACCCCAGACACCAACCAACUUUAGGUACACUCUGAGUCUUACUCACUUCACCCUUACCGGAGGGCGAGUGCUGUCGCAUUCUUCAAAUUCCCCUCCUAAGCGUCCUUGCCAUGCCGGAGACGAGCUGGCAUCUGCAGAUGUCUUGAUCUCCUUGCUCCAGGCUGCCCACCCAGUCUUAGAGCUAGGCCACACAAAGGUUACUCAGCUAAUCACAAUAUUCAAAGACGAGGUUUAUCCCAUAUUCCCAUGCGUCAGGAUUCAAUUGGGGCAUCAUAUUGUCGAUAUCCUCUAUUCUCUCCUGAACCGUAUUCAACACGAAGCGACGUGGAACCUUGAAGUGAUUGACGUCGAGCUCACAAAGACGAUGGUGGCUAUUGCCAUGCUGGUGAAAAAUGACACCCAAAGUACCUUGGCUGCAGACCUGGAGGACCAUCUGUUGUGGAGUGUAGACUCGUGCUAUGACCAGGACCUCCCCCAGAUCGAGGAUAUCAUAAUGGCAACCCUGCUAGCCCUGUACUACGACCUCAAACAGCGACCGGUCAAGGCGUGGCGUCUGUCUGGAGUCGCUGCUAAGCUAUGCCUCGAGCUCGGCCUUCACCGAGAGAGCUUCUUCUCCGACACACAAUUAUGCCCAGACCGGAUUGCUGAUUGUAGACGCUUGUUUGCCUGUGUGUAUGAUAUCAACAGGAAAUGCAGUUUCUACUCCGGCCUUCCCUGGACCCUUCAUGACAGAGAGAUCGACCUGUCUACCCUACGAGUAGAACCGCCUGAUUCCUACUUAUCAGCCAUGGUCGCCAUUGACAGAAGCGUCUCUGAGUCCUGGGCUAUCAUCAACAAGCCAACGCCACACUCAGAGAAGACCUGCGAACACGCCGAGUUCCUCAAUUUUCAACUACAGAAAGUCGUCAGUAGCCUGCCGAUGUCGGGAUUUACGCCACCUCAUCCGUCCGUCAAUCCGCCACCCUGGCUGGACCUGCAACUCAAGCAGUUCUGCCAACUCCGAGUGCAACACAUCAGGCUACUCAACUACAUUGGCUCGUUCAAGUCGCUCACAGAUCUACUAUCAGACCCGCACGAUGCCCGCAAGCUCCUCACCUCCGCAGCUGAGUCCAUUGAAAUCCAGCAGGGAAUUAUGAUGAGCGCCGCUGCGCAAGAAGGCGAGGUCAACUCGGGGCCCAGCGUCAGUCCGAGCCCGCUUAUCCUCCCCUCGGCAAUCAAGAUACUCCUCUCUUCUGUCUCGUUCAUGCUCCUCGCCGUUUCGCACUACACAGCCGAAUACGCCCCGCUGUGCAGUGAUUCCUUCUAUACAGCCAUCGAGAUCCUUAUAGCUGCGCAGGACACAGUAAAGGACCCCGAUCUUGACAUUAGUGGUACAUUAGAGGAGUUGCAACGGAUUGCUGAUAGUAUCCACUUCCCGUCGCCGCCGCCCAAGCGUUCAACUCCCAGCUUGCCUUUGCCUUUGACUUUGGGAGACGAUGAGCAGCAGGGAUCCGCGGGCCUUGACGCGUUUCAGAGCCUGCAGACGCCCGAUACGAGUAUUUUCUCUGUUUUGGAUGACGCUAAUCUCAUCAGCACAGAUAUGUUAUAUAUGGACAACAUAUUUGGUUAG